GCUACGCCCCGCCUCUCGCCUCGUUCUUUCGCCACUCUUUACAGCAUGGACGCCCUCAAAAGUCUUUUUGAAAAGAAGAAGCAGGAGAACUCCCCUGCCCUGGUCACUUUCGUGACUGCCGGUUAUCCGCGGGUCCAGGAUACUGUACCGGUUCUGCUUGCAAUGCAAGAGGGUGGUGCAGACAUUAUUGAGCUCGGUGUGCCCUUCUCAGACCCCAUCGCGGACGGACCUGCCAUCCAGGAGACCAACGCCAUUGCGGUUAAGAAUGGUUUAGACUAUGCUACGUGUUUGGGUCUCUUGCGGGAAGCUCGCAGCAAGGGUUUGACUGCUCCUGUACUGCUUAUGGGCUACUACAACCCAAUGCUGGCCUAUGGAGAAGACAAAGCCAUUCAGGAUGCAUACGAAGCUGGUGCCAACGGUUUCAUUAUGGUCGAUCUACCACCAGAAGAAGCCAUUGCCUUCCGUGAAAAAUGCCAAAAAUCACAUCUUUCCUACGUCCCACUGAUUGCACCAUCCACGACCUUUCAUCGGAUUCGAUUUUUGGCUUCAAUUGCUGACACGUUCAUCUAUGUCGUUUCGAGGAUGGGCACGACCGGCUCUUCGGAUACCGGCAAGCUGAACACUGAUCUGCCCGAUAUCAUCGCUCGUGUUCGGGAAUAUGCGACCGUGCCUCUCGCAGUCGGCUUUGGUGUUGCUACUCGCCAACAUUUCGAGCACGUCGCUGAGGCAGGUGCAGAGGGCGUUGUUGUUGGCAGCCGCCUUGUUUCGGUCAUCAAAAACUCGCCACCAGAGGAACUCGCCAAAAAUGUCGAGGCUUACUGCAGGCAGAUCAGCCUCAAGGGCAUGCCCGGCCAGAAUAGUCUUCAUACCCCGACCGGUGAUCCACGCGCAGAGCCCGUGCUCAAUGUUAAUCGUAAAGGUCCCGCUCCGUCUCAUACUAUCUCCGACCCAAGCGUCCUGCCUGCUCGUUUUGGCGAGUUUGGUGGCCAGUACGUACCGGAGUCCCUCUACGACUGCCUUGUCGAGCUCGAGGAGGCACACAAGAGCGCGAUGGCCGAUCCUGAGUUCUGGAAAGAACUCCGCAGCUUCUACCCGUACAUGAACCGGCCUUCGAACCUGUAUAAAGCGGAUCGCCUCACCCAACAUGCAGGUGGUGCGACGAUCUGGUUGAAGCGCGAAGACCUGAACCACACUGGCUCGCACAAGAUCAACAAUGCUGUCGGCCAGAUCCUCCUCGCUCGCAGGAUUGGCAAGACCCGUAUCAUUGCUGAGACUGGUGCAGGACAGCAUGGUGUCGCGACUGCAACUGUCUGUGCCCGCUUCGGUAUGGAGUGUAUUAUCUACAUGGGUGCCGAGGAUGUCCGCCGACAGGCGCUCAACGUCUUCCGUAUCCGCAUGUUGGGCGCGACCGUUAUCCCCGUACACUCUGGCUCGCGCACCCUCAAGGACUCAGUGAACGAGGCUAUGCGUGACUGGGUCACGAACCUCUCGACGACGCACUACCUCGUCGGCUCUGCCAUCGGCCCGCACCCGUUCCCGACGAUCGUGCGCGACUUCCAGAAGGUCAUCAGCGAGGAGAUCAAGGAGCAGCUGCACACGGAGAUUGGCCGCCUCCCCGACGCGGUCGUCGCCUGUGUUGGCGGCGGCAGCAAUGCCAUCGGCACAUUCUACAACUUCAUCAACGACAAGAGCGUCAAGCUUGUCGGCGUCGAGGCAGGGGGCGAGGGCACGGACGGCGAUCGCCACAGUGCGACGCUCGCGAAGGGCCAGCCUGGUGUCCUUCAUGGCGUGCGUACAUACAUUCUCCAGGACCGUGGUGGCCAGAUUAUCGAGACGCACUCAAUUAGCGCUGGGCUUGACUAUCCGGGUGUCGGUCCCGAGCACGCCUGGUUGAAGGACUCUGGUCGCGCACAGUAUGUUGUCGCGACCGACGAGGAGGCUCUUCGCGGAUUCCGCUUGAUUACGCAGCUUGAGGGUAUCAUUCCUGCGCUCGAGUCGUCGCACGCUAUCUGGGAAGGCGUCCGUCUUGCGAAAACGCUCCCCAAGGACCAACACAUCGUCAUUUGUUUGUCCGGACGUGGGGACAAAGACGUUGAGCAGAUCUCGCAGCUGCUCCCCGGCAAGUGGGAGGACAUCCUUGACUGGCAUGUGUCUGCCCAGGUGUAGGGCGAAAGAGGAACCCUUUAUAUGUAUCUACUGCAGCAUUCCCGCAUAGAUAAAAUAUGUAGCAUAGACAGCUAGCAGAGGGGGACUCAUUCAGCCUUGACAGGGUCGAGACUGCUACGUAUGCCGCCAAGACCUCGAUUUGUCUCCGUC